GACCCAGAGCUCACCGGCAUGCUCGUCGAAGCGCUCGCCUCUUCAAGGGCAUCCUCGAUGGAUCCUCAAGCCCUCUUCAAAGCUCUCUCCGCGUCUCACCCUUCGCGCUUCGGCUCGCUUGCCAUCGGGCCCGCAGCCAAAUCCAAAAAAGAGUGGCUCACGACAAUCCGCGCCUGUCUCGACGCCGGCCACGCGCGAUGUGGCAUGUUCGAGAAGAUUGACUCGAGCGCCGAGGAAGCGGAAUCGGCGGCGGAUGGGAGGUGGUUUUAUGUUUCGGAGCGGGAUGAUGAUCGGGAGAGGGCGAGUGUGGUUGGGGCGAUAUAUGAGCCGAGGCAGAAAAGGAGCGAGACGAAGAAGUAUAAGCAGUAUUAUUGGAAGCCGCUGGAUAAGAUCUCGAAGUGGGACCCGGAGGACGAGCUGUAG